AUGGCCUACCAGAAGCGUCCUACCUCCAGCUACCAACCCUGUGAUACCUUCUUCGUGGAAUCGUAUGACGAUUUUCCUGCACCACGAAUGGACCCGAAGGAGCAGGCGAAAUUGAUCGCUCGCGAGCGUCAAUAUGCCAUCGCCGAUGAGCUGUCCAGGGUUACCAGUGAGGAGUUGCGUGAUGACAUCCUGUCACACAUGCUGAACAUGGAUGCUACUACCCUUCCUGAUGUUGAAUCGAUUGAUAUCCAGACCGAGAUCCAAUGGUUCAUGCGUCCUUACCUUCUCGAUUUCCUCAUCGAGGCCCAUACUGCCUUUCAGCUGUUACCGUCGACCUUAUUCUUGACAAUAAAUCUGCUUGAUAGAUACUGCUCCAAGCGUGUGGUCUAUAAGCGGCAUUACCAACUGGUUGGAUGUGCUGCCUUGCUCAUUGCGGCAAAGUAUGGUGACAAAAAGGAUCGCGUGCCUACCAUCAAGGAACUGAAGUCUAUGUGCUGCUCCCUGUAUGACGACGACAUGUUCGUUCAGAUGGAGUGGCAUGUUCUGCAGACUUUGGGCUGGACGAUUGGUCACCCAACCGUGGACAGCUUCCUUCAGGUUGCAGUCCUGGAUACGCCAUACGACCCUGAGGUUGAACACAUGGCACUGUACAUCGCGGAGAUCUCCUUGUUUCACCGGGAGUUCGUCUCCAAGCCGUCGUCCGACCUUGCUAAGGCCUCGUUGGCGCUUUCCCGGUGUAUCCUCAACCGACCCCAGCCUCGUCACACGGAGUGGGCUUCGCAAUACGACUCCAUGACUUUGGUUGGCCUGUCUCAACAGCUUCACCAACCGUCUCAAGUAUUGUCCCGGAAGUACUCGUCAACACACUACUCUCGGGUUUCCAAGAUGCUGGAGCAAUUCCUCGCCCGGCAGGCUUCCGUUGCAAGCUACACGCCUCCCAGUCCCCCUUCGGACGUCAAUACGGAGUCGAAGCCGUAUGAUGGUGAAAUCGGGCUCGCCACCCCACAAAAGGCACCCCCAUCGGGCAUGCCUCACGGAUAUAUCACCCCUCCGAUUACCCCAGAAAAUGAUGUCUUUGCCAAUGGGGGCAACUCCAACUUUGUCAAGGUGGUACCGGGCUCCAGUGCCUGCUCACCGUCCCCGACACCUCCACCCACAAUGCAGUAUGUGAGCUCUCAUGUUUACCCGCAAGGGGCAGCGUUUUCCCAACCACAGCAAUUUCUUCAGCCUCAGAUGGGAUUCAGCACUGGCUACUGA